ACUUUUGAAAUGUUUACGUCCUCAAUAUUAACCAGUAAAGAAUUGUGUGUGUGUGUGUGUGUGUGUGUGUGUGUGUGUGUGGGAGGGUUUCUCUGUGUGUCAGCAGCUCGUCACCACUUCCUGUUCAAACGGUGACAGAAGAAGAACAAGCUGCACGCUGCUCCAUCCUCUUCAUCUUCAUUUUAACUGAUAGAAUAAUCAAUAACCUGUCCGGAGGAUGAGGGUCUACUUCCUGCUGCUGCUCGCCUGCCGCUGCCCCCCUGCAGGUGCGGUGUCCCUGUACGACCCUCAGCUCUGCUACGUCCUCGACGGUUUCCUCGGGCUGUACGGACUCUUCAUCACCGCCAUGUUGGUGAAGGAGAAGUUCUUCAAAGGCAAGGUGAAGCAGGAGAGUCUGUACAGCGAUCAGAAGGACUCUGAGAGAGGACGAGGUCGCUCAAACGGAGAUGAAACCUACACGGAGCUGAAUCCCCACACAGACGGAGAAUACAAAGCGCUUCCCGUCAAACGAGAGCGUCAGAGAAAGACCGAACAGAUUUACCAGGGUUUGAGCUCCGGGCCCAGAGACACCUACGACUCUCUGCAGAUGCAGCCGAUGCCUCGAUAAAAAAAACGGAUUUUAUAUAAUAUAAAUAUAAACAAUUGUGACAGAUUUAAAUAAAUGUAUCGAUAGUUUAAAUAAACUUUAAGGGCUAAUUAAGAAGAAUUAAAAAAGGUAAUAAUUAUUAGAUUUUAACCUCAAAUGAAAGUUUUUCUCUUUAAAAAUGUUCUUCUUUUUAUCCUGCUGUCCAUACUUUGUGUUAAUGCUUUUAUUUUGAAAUAACCAGCGGGUUAUUCAAUGACCUUUAAACAAUAUCAUCAUUGUUUUAAACUUUGAUGAUUUUUUCCUGAGAAAAUGAGUUUUAUGAGAAUAUUUUUGCAUUUUAUGUAAAUGUUCUCUGUUUAACCUAAAGACAGUUUGUUUCUGUUCCUUUAAAUGUCAAUAAAUCCGAUUUAAAGCUG